CGUCACUUCUGCCUCCGGUUGGAGCGCGGGUCGCCGCGCAGGGAGGAUUUCAGGUGGGGUAGGGGGGCCGGGUGGGUCUAAAUAGUGCCCGGCCUGCGCUCCCAAACCCCGGGGCCUGGGGGGCCCGCCCCUGAGUGGCGCGUGGCGGGGAGCUGUCCUCCUUAGAGCGGUGGCCGGGCCGGCGGCGACUUGUGGUAGAGCCCCGGGAAGAGGUAGCGGCCUCCACGAAGCCAAGCCGUCCGAGGUAACCUAGAAGUGGCUUCCGCUUCGGCGCCGGCUCCGGAGCCCCCGAGAGACGCCGGCCGCUGCUCGGGGCCGCUGCACAGCGGCCGGUGGUGUUUCCGAGCCGGGCGACAGGACUGUCUGGGGCGAGGCCCGCCGUCAGGCUCGUGAGGCCGCUCUCUCCAAAGUUUGUGCGGGCGGCGCCCGGGGCCGCGCGGCGGGAGCCCGCUCGGACACUGCCCGCAGGCACAGUGCUCGCGGGCGCGCCAGGGCGGUCGUGUCCACUUUCCCGCCUCCGCCGGCGUUUCCUUUACUGGCUGAUGUUACUGCGGGAGAAACGGGCGGUCCAGCCUCAGUCAGAUCAGCUUCCUCUGAUGCAAAAGCCUGGGAAGUGUCCCCAGCACCUCAGAGUCAUCGGGGGCCAGCCGUCUGUGAACAUCGUGGCUUCCUGGGCAGAAUUUCGGUGUCCUUUCUGCUGGAUCACCUCAGGGAAAGUGAGCCUCACGAAGCUCUCCUCAGCCUCGCUUAGAGGUCUAAAUGAGCCCUGGAGAAAGGAAGAAGAUCCUUUUAUUGAUUUUGUUCCAGACCAGACUGGGCCUCAGUUGUCAGAGGUAGUGCUGGAGGUGUGUCCAGUACAGGAGCAGAAUUGUUCCUCAAGAAGAAUGAUGACCAUAGAUCUGAAGGUGGCUGAGUACUUGAACCCUCAGAUCAGGACUCGGUGGGAGACCAAGGGACCUGUGACAGGGAGCUCCAGUCAGCAUAAGAAAUAUGCCCCCCAAACGGACAGUCUCAGUCCUGAGAGGUCUCACCAGCAUUUCCGGAGCUUCCUCUAUCAUGAAGCAGCUGGACCCCGGGAGGCUGUUGACCAGCUUCUGGAAUUAUGCCGUCGGUGGCUGAGGCCAGAGAUUCAUUCAAAAGAGCAGAUCUUGGAACUUGUGGUGCUAGAGCAGUUCCUGUCCAUUCUGCCCAGGGACACCCAGACCUGCAUAAAGAAGCACCAUCUACAGAGCAUCGAGGAGGCUGUGGUCCUGGUAGAACACUUGCAGAGGGAAUCUGGUCAAAUGAGGAAUGGGGUUGCAGACCAUGAGCUGGGAAAGGAGGCAGUGCUCUUGGGAGAAACAGCAGAGGCCCUAGGCUUCAAGCUGAAGCCAGCAGAUGCCCAGCAAGUGGGCAUGUCCCAGGAUGAAGAAUUUUGGAAUACACACCAGAGUCUACAAGAGCUGCUGAUCAGGAAUACCCACAAAGAAACUGAGCCUGUAUGUGAGAGGGAAAUGAGCCUAAGAUAUUCAGAAACAGAAGCGAGAGAGAUUUCCUGUGGCUCUCCUUCACCCACAGCGGUGUCUGCUCACCGGAUCCUAGCCUUUCCUGAGCAGACAAACACCAAAGACUGGACAGUGGCACCUGAGCUCAUCUUGCCUGAGUCCCAGAGCUUGUUGACAUUUGAAGAAGUGGCCAUGUAUUUUUCCCAAGAAGAAUGGGAGUUACUGGAUCCUACUCAGAAGGCCCUCUACAAUGAUGUAAUGCAAGAAAACUAUGAGACUGUCAUCUCUCUAGAACUGAGCCUAGGAUGUUCAAAGACAGAAGGGAGAGAAAUUUCCUCUCACUCUUCCACAGCAGUGCCUGCUCACCAGAUCCUGGCCUUUCCUGAGCAGACAAAUGCCAAAGACUGGACAGUGGCACCUGAGCUCGUCUUGCCUGAGUCCCAGAGCUUGUUGACAUUUGAAGAAGUGGCCAUGUAUUUUUCCAAGGAAGAAUGGGAGUUACUGGAUCCCACUCAGAAGGCCCUCUACAAUGAUGUAAUGCAAGAAAACUAUGAGACUGUCAUCUCUCUAGCAUUAUUUGUGCUCCCCAAACCUAAAGUGAUCUCCUGUCUAGAGCAAGGGGAAGAGCCGUGGGUUCAAAGAUCCCUGGGGUUCAAGGACAAUUCUGGAGAGCUGCCUACCGCAGGGCUAAAGCUCAAAAAUGACACUGAAAAUCUUCAGCCUCUAUGUCUUUCUGACUUAGAAAUACAAGCACCAGUAGAUAUAGCAUCAAAAAAGGCCAGAUUGAAAGUCCCCCAGAAAACUAUGGGCAAAGAAAAUCAUGGUGAUGUGCAUAGGGUGGGGAAAUGGCACCGAGAUUUUCCAGUGAAGAAAAAAAAGAAACUUUCAACCUGGAAACAAGAGCUGCUGAAACUUAUGGAUCUUCACAAAAAAGAGCGUGCAGGAGAGAAGCCUUUUAAAUGCCAGGAAUGUGGGAAAAGCUUCAGAGUUAGCUCUGACCUUAUUAAGCACCAAAGAAUUCACACUGAAGAGAAACCGUAUAAAUGUCAGCAGUGUGAUAAGAGGUUUAGGUGGAGUUCAGAUCUUAAUAAGCACUUAACAACACACCAAGGAAUAAAACCAUAUAAAUGCUCAUGGUGUGGGAAAAGCUUCAGUCAAAAUACAAAUCUCCACACACACCAAAGAACUCACACUGGAGAGAAGCCCUUUACAUGUCAUGAAUGUGGAAAAAAAUUCAGUCAAAAUUCCCACCUUAUUAAACACCGGAGAACUCACACAGGUGAGCAGCCUUAUACCUGUAGCACAUGCAGGAGAAACUUCAGCAGACGCUCAAGCCUUCUUAGACACCAGAAACUCCACCAGUAAAGGGAAGCUUGUUCAGUGUCCUCAGUCUGAAGAAAUUCACCAAGUGGAGCUUGACCUUAAAGUUAUGAAAAGUACAAAAUUAUGAAGCAUGAAGAAUUUUUCAUCAGUGGAAUUUUUCAUCAGGAAACUUUGGGAAAUAAACAUGUUUCACAGAAGGAAUCAAGGUUGAGUCUGCAGGGAAUGUGUUAGUAGUUGUACUACUUGCUGUUUUUACUAAAAACUUUCAGGGAAUUCCUUAACAGGAGAGGUGUUCUGAGAACAUUCAGAGUAAAGGGGAAAGCUGUUUUGGGAUUGUAUUUGGCAAAAUAGCAAAUUGAGCUUCAAAUAGUGGAUGCAGCCAUGAAUUCUUCUGUGGUCACAGAGGUGAAUAUUGUUGGUUUGCAUUGAUUUCCCCAGCCACUCUUAAACAUACAUGUUAGAAACAUUUGUAGCAUGGUGUUCCAAAACAGAAAGCAAUAAUAUGAUGUUUAAUUGCAUACCAUUGUCUUCCAGGUUUACCAAUUUCAAUAAUCUCAUGGGCAGAAAUGAAUUCUAAUGUAAAAUUUUUGAAGAAUCAAAUUGGAUUUUCUUAACUGUCCUAUCAUCGGGUACUGUUCACAAAUUUGGACAUUGUUUGAGUUCCUUUUUUAAGUUUUUAGCAAAUUCAGCUCUUGAAUCCUAUUAGAACAGUUUUUACUGUGAUGAAAUCAUAUUUACUUCACCAAUAGGGAAUCUGCCCAGGUGAACUAAUCACUAUUGUAUGCCUCUCUGGUGGUGGAUGGAAAAGGGAGAACACCUCUAAAAAGGAGAUAUUAUGGAAACGAGUUGGAAUCUUUAGCCAUGUAAAGAAGAAUUUUCUCGAGUAAAAGAAACUAGACUGUUUACUUAGGUCACAAUAUCAAUAGGAUAAAACAGCCAUGAAAAUGAGCACUUUUCCAAGGUCUAAAUGGAAAUUAAUGGCAAUUCAGGAUCACCUUCUCAGGUUUUUAUCUGUUUGCAUUUUAACUUGGCUUUUGUAUAUCAUUAAGAACAAGGAGAGGGUUAUAUUUGUCUGGGAACUGGAGUGUUUACUGCACCAGGAUCCUGUGGGUCACAGGGCAUGUUACUCUGGGAAUCCAGUGAGCAGGACACCAGUUCCCAAAAGCAAAGAUUUGGGAGAGGAUGCUGAGUGGUAGGCAAGGACGGACAAAUACACAUCUAUGUUGGUUGACUUACACUGUAACUGUUAAACAGGAAGGGUCAUCCUUCUGUCUUCUCCAUCGUAUCAUGUAACAGCCUUAGUGUACAUAUUUGAUAGAUUGCUGAAAACCUCUGUAGGCUGUGGAUUUUCUUGUAGCUCCACCUUUUAUCUACAACAGUGAUGCCGGUGUGUUCCUGAUAGAGCAUCUAGGUGUAAUCAGGAAAGGAGUUAAACAAGGAAAUAAGGCUCGAAAGAGAUCCAGAGGCUUGUUAAGACCCCAUAGCUAGUGGGUCUGUUGGCUGUCACUUAGCUGCAUCAGUCAGGCCUGAGGGCAGGAUUAGUAGGACUCAUCUGUAUGUUGUCCCUGCCCAGCCAGCCUGGAUGACAUUGUAUCGUAUCUAUUUCUAUUUCUAGCUUGUAAAACAUUCCUGUUUCUUGACUGGUUACUGAAACACUCUUAAAUCUCCAGUUUCCAUAUGAAAUAGAGAUAACACUCAACUCAGGUGUUUUCUGGGGAUUAGAGGGGUUGAUGAAGGAAAAGCACCUAAUGGCCUGGGCAAUAGCAGGGUCUCAGUCAGUGUGCGUGUCCUUCCCUUUCCCCUGGUCCCCAGUGGUAUGUUGGGUGGACUGACUACAUUCAAGGAGCAGAUGCAUUUGUGGCUGUUGCAGCUCCUUCCAGGAGCUGAGCACUCGUGGUGGUGGUUUGCUCGGUUGAUUUGGUCCUUGGCUUCAGUGCUUUAUGGUGUAAGUCACCUGAGGUUUUGGUCUGCCGCUGUCAGCAGGAUUUCAUUUUCUUCUCUAAGAUGAUCUGUACCAGUAUACCAAUGUGCUUAUUUCUUAAGCUCAGCCAGCUCUGCAGCUCUGGUCUGCAUAGAUCUUACCCAACAGUCUCAGCCUUACACCCCUGGGACUCUGUUUCUUCUCUCAAGAUAUACAUGUGGAUUUCUUGCUGACACUGCAUUCAUUCAUUUAAGUUAAUGAGGGCCUAUUAUGUGCCCAGGUAGUCUCCUAAACUAAGGAUAUAGUAGUGGACAAGGAGACAAAAUGCAUAUCCUCAUGGAGCUUGUAUCCUAGUGAACAGUAAGAAGGGAGUGGUUAGACUCUUUUCUCCUUGCAGUUAGACAGGAUCCUGAGAUAGUUUUGAGCAGUGGGUUGUGCACAGAACUCUCACUUCUCAGCUUAAGCGUUUAUUUUUUGGUGCAGGACUCUCUAAUGCUGUCUUUUCCUGCCUCAGUCAUAUAAGCACAUACAGAGAGAGGGGUCACAAGUCACAACAGUCUGGAAUGCCGAGCCCCCCACAUUGGGGAGGGGUAUCUGUUCCAGAGGGUCUCCCAGACCUAUAAUGGAUUUUGUAGGGAUAAGAAAUAAACUUUUGUUGCGUUAAAUCACUGCGAUGUUGAUGCUGUGUGUUUCUGCAGCAUAACCUGGCCUGUCUUGUUGGAAAUGCUAGAACAGAUCCAGCACUUGCUGGAUGACAUAUGUAACCCAGUAGAUGUUGAUAGUCUUCUUGAAAUAGGAGAGAUGUGAACCUUAGGAUGAAACUAACACCAUAGAAGGCAGAGCAGAGUGAUAAAUACUCAGGUUUUAGAGACACCACUGAGCGGUAGGAUCAAGAAUCACCUGACACCUAGAAUUGACCAGGACUUUUUAGCGACAUAAAUCUAUACGUUUCCUCUUAUUGUUGAAACCAGUGUGAUUGGGGUUUCUGUUCAUUGUAACAGAAAUCAUUCUAAUACAUAGAAAAAUACCUGAUUUAAGAUAAUAUAUGUAGGAGAGGAACAAUGUUCUUAUAUAUACCUAUUUAAAAGCUUUCAUUAUGGGGCUUCCCUGGUUGCGCAAUGGUUAAGAAUCCACCUGCCAACGCAGGGGACACGGGUUCAAGCCCUGGUCGGGGAAGAUCCCACAUGCCACGGAGCAGCUAAGCCUGAGCGCCACAACUACUGAAGCCAACGUGCCUAGAGCCCGUGCUCCGCAACAAGAGAAGCUACCGCAAUGACAAGCCUGCACACCAGAACAAAGAGUAGCCCCCGCUCAGUGCAACUAGAGAAAGCCCACGCUCAGCAAUAAAGAGUAGCCCCCGCUCGCCACAACUAGAGAAAGCCUGCGAGCAGCAAUGCAGCCAAAAAUUAAUGAAUUAAUUAAUUUAAAAAAAACUUUCAUUACAGAAAUUAUCAACAUAUUUAAAGUAGAGAAAUUAAUAUGACAAACCCCUAUAUAGGCUUUAGCAAUUUUGCCAACUUUUGUCAUUUAUCUCCUCCAGUUUUUUUUUUCUGCAUCUAUUGAGAUGAUCAUAUGGUUUUUAUUCAUCAAUUUGAUAAUAUGGUGUAUCACAUUGAUUGAUUUGCGUAUACUGAACAAUUCUUGCGUCCCUGGGAUAAAUCCCACUUGAUCAUGGUGUAUGAUCCUUUCAAUGUGUUGUUGGAUUCUGUUUGCUAGUAUUUUGUUGAGGAGUUUUGCAUCUAUAUUCAUCAGUGAUAUUGGUCUGUAAUUUUCUUUUUUUGUAGUAUUUUUGUCUGGUUUUGGUAUCAGGGUGAUGGUGGCCUCAUAGAAUGAGUUAGGGAGUGUUCCUUCCUCUGCAAUUUUUUGGAGGAGUUUGAGAAGGAUGGGUGUUAGCUCUUCUCUAAAUGUUUGUUAGAAUUCACCUGUGAAGCCAUCUGGUCCUGGACUU